UUACCACUGUUUCAGCAACCUUUGUUUAAGGGAUUGUGCACGUACUAAACAACCUGGCUUCAAUGACUUGAUACAAAAUUCUGCACACGCCGUGAUAUUGUAAAUGCGGUCUUUGUGUUUUAAAUUGUUUUUGCUCUGCAAUUUAAGGUUGUCCAUCGUUCCCCCCCCCCCUCCCCCUCCGUUCUUUUUGUCAACCUUGUUUUGUUAUCAGCGUAAAGUUUAAUCUGGCUAUAAUUUCAUAGUUAGCCUGCAAGUUGUUCCUUCCACUGCUUAGUUGUUUUUUAAGGGGUUAUCGAUUAUAAAAUUAAAUUGUGGCGAUCAUGUGCAAAUAAUCCUGUAUUUCUUGGCUAACAUUCCAGUGGCGAGAUAUCGUAUGCAGCAAAGCCCGCGCGAGCCACCCUGAGCGAAGGGUUUAGUAAACAUCGUUUUUUUUAUUUAUUGCUUCUUUCAGUUCAAAUUGAGACUGUUUCAAUCUCAGUCAGCAUGGAGUUGGAUAUGUUAAAGAUAGAGCAGGUUGUUGUUGGAGAAGACGUCAGUUCCACAGAGACCAUCAAACCAGGCCCUGUCAUCACCCCUUCUCUGCAACCCUAUCAACAUGACAGCCUUCAGUGCUUUCAGUGUUUCAUCACCUUCUGCAACUCCAAGGCCAAAGAGAGACACAUGAGGAAGAGUCAUCGAGAGGAAUACAAACAGCAGCUCCAGCAGACUGAUACUUUGUUCACGUGUUACGUGUGCGACCGGACAUUUCCUUCCUCCGAGGAGCUCACCCAACACCAGGCCUCUCACAGCCAGGAGGACAAGCCCUUCCGGUGCCCGUACUGCCAGGGUAGCUUCCGGACCUUCUCUGAGCUGACAGUUCACCGGAGGAACCUGUGCACGGAGCGGAACAGCAUCUGCAGGGAAUGUAACAUGGUGUUCCGCGGCCCCGCCCACCUUCGGACCCACCGCCUAUCCCAGCACCCCCAGCCCCUGGAGGACCCAGACGAUGACACCAUGACACACCGCUGCGGCAAGUGCGGACGGGGGUUUAAGACCGAGGAGGAGCUGGUGCAGCACCAGGAAGACUUUGCAGGGGACCAGCACUGCAACGCCAAACCUCCGGCCAAGCGACGGGGGCGCCCACCCAAGAAGAUCGUGGAGGCCACGGCCGCGGAGGGUGAGGUAAGUGGCGAGGAAAAAAGCGGGGAGGUGGAAGAGGGUGCGGCGCUGGAUGAGGGGGGGAAGGAAUCUCUGACGAAGGGAGGGAAACGGAAGGGUAGGCCACCUAAGCAGCCGCAGGCGGAGGAGCUGAAGAUCCCGUGUCCCGAAGUCGGCUGCGAGCUCACGUUCUCCUCGCUCUCCCUGUUUCGGGCUCACAAGAAAGAGAAGCACGCCAAGCCGCCGCCACCUCGCAAGGCUUACCCGUGCGUGGAGUGUGAGGAGAGCUACGCCCGGUCUGAGCAGCUUAAAGCCCACAUGGCCAGGGCUCAUGGAUCCGGCCGGCACAACUGCCCAACCUGUGGUAAAAGCUUUGGCCGGGAGAGUAAUCUAAAAGCCCACCAGAAAACGCAUACAGAGGGAGAAGAGGAUACAAAGGGAAAAGAUAAUAAGGGUAUUGAGACGGUGUUCCCAAGAUCAUGGAAGUCCUGAAGACGUCGGGGGAAGUGAAAAACGGUUCAUGGGAUUUUUAUAUUCAGCAAAAGGAAGUUGGAGUUUGAAAUGCUAGACAGUAAAGCACUCGACUGUAGUAAUAAGGUUAUUCCUGAAGAGUUGUUUUAAAAGUGCUUUUUAGAAAACAACAAUUGACUGUAAAUAAAACCGCCUAUACCGAUGUGUGUAUAUAAUAAUGUAUUUCAAUUUUCCCUCAAAGCUUAAUGUAGUGGGGCUUCUUUUUCCAUAUUUCCUAAAUUGAAGCAUUGGAAAAAGUUUUUAUAUUCUUUUUAGGGAUGUAGAGGUGUAGUUUACUAGUUUAUUCUCAAUGUAACUUAUGAUAAUAAUUUGUUUUAAUCAUGCCUAGGAAUUGGUCAAAUAUUAUGAAUAUGAUUUCACUUUAAAUCAUGUUUUCUUAACCCCCAUUCUAAGAUAAAGUUUCAAAUCAUGUUGUGAGGAUCUUUGCAGGAUUCCAUUGCUGUUUUUUUCUCUUUUUUUCUCAAAUGUUGGCAUUAAAAAUUAAACAAUAAUGGCAUUAAACUAAAUGUGUGAUGAAACAAUGUUUGGAAUUGUUAUUAAAAGUUAUAUAUUCAAUUUUGAUUAUGAUAAGGUUAGACCUAAUGACAAUACUGCAAGUGAAAUUUCAGCAUUGAAAACGUGCAUUAAAAAUGUAUGAUAAAAAAA